AUGCAAAUUCCGACGGAUUACAAGUAUGUGAAAGAGUUACUUAGGGUUUGCGAUGUAAAUAGGGAUGGAAGAGUUGAUUAUCAGGAGUUCAGAAGGUACAUGGAUGACAAUGAGCUUGAGCUUUAUCGUAUUUUCCAAGCCAUUGAUGUCGAACAUGAUGGUUGCAUUUUACCGGAAGAGCUCUAUGAUGCUCUCGUUAAGGCUGGGAUCGUUUUUCUCCUCCAAGCCUUCCCUGUCACUGCCUCGUUCGUGAUUAGCCUUCUUGAUCAAAUGAAAACCAAGGACCGGAGAGGUGGAGGAGAAGAUAGAUUGAUGUAUGAGAUUGAAGAAGAUGAUUGUUGUGGUGUGUAUUGA